AUGUCUAUAUUUGUGGACAGGAAAACAAGAAGACUUCGUGAUAAUGAACAAGAAAAAGAUCGAGCAUUGCUGAAAGCCAUGAUCAAAGUGUGGAAAGAAAUCAAAUCCCUGCGUGAUUUUCAGAAGUUCCUUAACACACCCCUGAAGCUUUACUUGAGAAAGGAAGAAGUUGAUCCAAAGCUGGAUGAGAAGGCCUAUGAGACAGAAAUUCAGGCUGAAAUAACUGAAUUAUUAGAAGAAAAUAAUGAAGAGUAUGAGAAGAAAAUGGACGAAUAUAAAGCUGACCUUCGGGCAUGGAAAUCAUGGAAGAAGGCACAGAAGAAUCGAAAGAAACAGAAAAAGAAAUCAAGUCAAAAUUUGGAAGAUGAAGAAGCUGAAGAAACUGAGCAUAUGGAGGAACCUCUGAAGCCUCUUCCACCACCCCCAGUUGACCAACAGCAGGUGGAGCUGCAAGUUCGCAGAAGAGCUGCUGAGAUCCGAAGGCAGCCUGGAGAACCAGUUCUAAUUCCUGAAUUAAGCCUGGUGGGGAGCGUCACUCCAAAUGAGGCUUGUCCUAGAGCUGAAGUUGCAAGACGUGAAGAUGUGAAGAAAAGGUCUCUCUUCUUAAAAAUUCUUUUCAAUUCCAAAGAGGUGUCAAGAACAGUUUCUCGGCAGAUGAGCUCAGACUUCAGAAUUCAUUUUGGGCAGAUUUUCAACCUGCAAAUAUUCAAUUGGCCAGAGAGUUUAAAAUUGCAGCUUUAUGAAAUAGUUGGACUCAGCAGUGCUAACUUGUUAAUGGAAGUAUAUGUGCCCAUCCCGGAGACCACCAUUCUGACAGGAAGAGCUCCAGUCGAAGAAAUUGAAUUCAGCAGUGACCAGUGUGUGACCCUGGACCAUGAAGGAGUUGGCAGUGGUGUCCCCUUUUCAUUUGAAGCAGAUGGUAGUAAUAAAAUGAUUUUAAUGACUUCUGGAAAAGUAUCGUGCAGUGUCUCGUGGGCAGUUGGAGCAAAUGGGAUACCACUGGCUCCUCCGGUAUCGCAGAAGAACGUUGCUCUUUCAAGUGCCUUAAAAAAUGUGGAUGCUAUUGCAUCGAUUGGCGCAUCCGGAUUAACUGACAUGAAGAAAUUAGCCAAGUGGGUGACUGAAACUAAGAUGGAUCCUAAUGACCCAAGCAAUGCAGCCCUGAUGCGGUUUUUAAAGAUUACUACAUGUGGUGAUGCUUCCAUUCCAGAUUUCUUUAGACUGGAGCAAUUGCAGCAAGAAUUUAAUUUUGUUUCUGAUGAGGAAUUUAACAGGUCCAAAAGAUUUCGGCUUCUUGAGCUCAGAAAGAAUGAAGUAGCUGAAUUUCGAAAUUAUAAAUUUGUUCCUUUACUAGAAAGAGAGAUCAGUGAAAAAGUUCUGCAGGACUAUGAGAAAAGAUCGCAGGAGAGGGAUGUAAUUGAUACCAAGGACUAUUCAGAUGCACACAGAGCAAUCGUUGCAAAGUACCUCGAAAAGGUUAGGGAGUCAGUAGUUAACCGAUUCCUGAUUGCCAAGCACCAUUUCGUUCUUUCCGACCUGGUCAAUGAAGAUGAUAUCCCUACGAUUGGCUUUUUGGGUGUCAGCCUUUUUAAACUGGCUGAGGCAAAGCGACCCUUAAAACCAAGGCGAAAAGAGAGGAAAAAAGUAACCGUGCAGAAUCUCUCAGAUGGUGAUAUAAAACUGCUGGUUAACAUCGUUAGAGCAUAUGAGAUUCCUGUUAGAAAGUGUGCUGGGAGCAAACUUCAGCAGCCAUCUAAGUCAUCAUGGACUUUCAAUGAGAUGUUUGUUGCUUCUGCAACUCCACACAGCCCCAACCACAGUGUAGACUGGACAUUUAGCCAGGUUUCAGUUCGGCCUUUUGUAGAAGUUUCUUUCCAGCGAACAGUUUGUCGGACAACCACUGCAGAAGGGCCCAACCCAAACUGGAGUGAAGAACUUGAACUUCCAUUUAGAGCUCCUAACAGUGACUAUAGCACCUCCGUUCUGCAGUCAGUGAAGGAUGACAUCUUCAUUAACCUCUUUGAUGAAGUACUAUAUGAUGUCUUAGAGGAUGAUCGGGAAAGAGAAAGUGGUGGAGUUCAUACCCGUGUGGAGAAGCGCUGGCUUGGAUCGGUUCGGAUUCCAUUUACAACAGUAUAUUUUCAAGGAAGAAUUGAUGGCACAUUUAAGAUAGAUACCCCUCCUGUUCUUCUUGGCUAUAACAAAGGGAAAAACCUGGGAAUUGACAGAGGAUAUGAUUCCACACGAAGCCUGAGUGAUGGCUCCUACCUCUCCUUGUUCAUUACAAUUGAACCCCAACUUGUUCCUGGAGAAUCAGUUCAAGAACGGCUUGACACUCAGGAAGAUGAGAACCUUCUUCAAGCAGCUGAAAGAUAUCAAGUUGAAUGUGCCCUGAAGUUUCCAAAUCGCCAAUGCCUGACCACAGUAAUUGACAUCAGUGGAAAAACAGUCUUUGUUACGAGAUUCAUCAAAGCCCUAAACCCCCCAGAAGAGCUCCUACGAGUUCAUCCAGACAGUCCACAAGAAACCUCUGAAUUAGUCGCCCGAUAUGUAGCCCUGAUUCCUUUCUUACCCGAUACGGUAUCAUUUGCUGGAAUUUGUGAUUUAUGGAGUACCUCUGAUCAGUUCCUUGAUCUUUUGGCUGGAGAUGAAGAAGAACAUGCUGUGCUGUUGUGUAACUAUUUUCUUGCUCUUGGCAAAAAGGCCUGGCUUCUAAUUGGGAAUGCUAUUCCGGAGGGACCAACAGCAUAUGUGCUAACUUGGGAACAAAACCAGUAUGUGAUUUGGAAUCCAAGCCAUGGCCAUUUUUAUGGACAAUAUGAUGCUUUCUGUCCAUUGAAAAGUGUCAGCUGCUUGAUUUCUGGAGACAACGUUUGGUUUAAUAUUCAACAGUAUGAUUCCCCGCUAAGAAUAAACUUUGAUGUCAGCAAACCCAAAUUUUGGAAACCUUUCUUUUCUAGACGUUUACCAUUCCCUGGGCUCUCCAGUGUGCAGCCCGAAGAACUUUUCUACCAAAACGCAGACAAGGCAGCUGCACUACACUUACAGAGCAGGCUUGAGAAGAUAUUGAAAGAAAAAAUCAUGGAAUGGCGGCCAAGCCACUUGACGCGUUGGAACAGAUACUGUACUUCCGCUCUCCGGCAUUUCUUGCCUCUGUUGGAAAAACACCAGGGCAAAGAUGUAGAAGAUGAUCAUCAGGCAGAAUUACAGAAACAACUUGGGGACUACAGGGUCUCAGGAUUUCCGAUCCACAUGCCAUUUUCGGAUGUUACAUCUAUAGUAGAGGCUGUAUAUAGUACUGGAGUUCAUAAGACUGAAAUUCCAAAUGUAGAGUUUGCGCUAGCUGUGUAUGUUCAUGCUUACCCAAAACACAUUCUUUCGGUGUGGAUUUAUGUGGCUUCAUUAGUUCAUAACUGAUAGGGCUCUAUAGAAAUAGUCUGGCUCUGAUCUUUUCCAUAAAUUCUGAUAGUCACUGCUGUUUAAGGAAUUUUCUGCCUGAGCCCACAGUACAGUUAAGCUUUGCGUACAAAAAUACCUUUGUCUUAGCAUCCGCAGGGGAUUUUGCACAAGAGAGCAACGGCUGCUAACACUAACAAGAGAAACUGGCAAGAACUAGAAACCAGGUGCUGAACGCCAAUGGUCCUGUGUGUGGUCAGUCAACUAUGCACUUCUGUAUUUCCUGCCACAUCAAAGCAUGCACUCUCCCCUAACAACAGAACAGGUGUCAAACAUUUUGCCUUUAUGUGGCUCAUAAAACCUAACACACAGGUGAUGGGGGGGUUAAAAGUUUGGUUUAGGACUAAGGGCAUGAUCCAGCCUCAGCCAUGGAAUUCACUGGAUGACUAAGGCUAGUUGGUCUCCCCCAGCCCAACUAACCUUAUAGGGCGGUGGUUGCAGGUAUAAAAUGAAGGAAGAUGCCGAUGUAGGUCACCUUGAGCUUCUAAAGAAAAAGCAGGGUAGAAUUCUAAAUAAGAAUUUAGCUUAGUUUGGUAAAUGCAAAGCAGACAUUAACUGCCAUAAGCUUCCUUAAGUUGCAGAUGGAAUGAGAAUCAGUAAAAGCCAGUGCAGUUUCAAUACUGCUGAACUAUAUUAGAUGGAGGGAAAACUUUUUUUUUUAAUUUUAUUUUCUGCUAAUACUGAUUUAAGUGUAAAACACCCCACCCCCAAUCAGUGUUAAACUGGUAACAGGUAAGAUCCCUUUCAGUGGGUGUGAAAGGAAAACAAUCAUGGUUGUAGCCAGAGCUUAGCAGAAACGGCAACUCAGAAAUCUGGGGACUGUUCUCCAAAAGGAUGGACGGGGGUGAGAGUUAUCUGAGAAAAUGGGCAAGCUUUAGUUGACUUACAUCCACAUUUUGUCCAGGGGCUCAAGGCAGCAUAUGUAUACCCAUAUUUAUCCUUUAGUUCUUUUCCUGACACAGAUUGCUUCAUGUUUGUAUAAAACUUGCCAUCCUAGGGCUGCAAGAAACUUUCUAUCGCUGCAGCCAGGCUUUCUUGGUUCUUAGAUCUGAAUCCUGAUCGUGCAUAUUAGAGAUACCAUUGUGUCCCCAUACAUGAAUACAAGCAAACCUGCAAUACACCAGACAGAUUCUGGGCAUCCACUGUAUGCAAAAAGUCUCCACAUUUAAUGGAGGAGAAUCACGUGGAGGACUUUCACCAGGACAAGCACUGAAUUGAAUGGGUUUGAAAACUGAGCAGCUUUGGAAUGGAAUGGCGGGACUUUGAUGUACUUGAAUUGAAUGUCUGUCUGCACUGUCUUUUUACUUUUUUAUGCAAAGUAUGUAUUAAAAAGUUCUUGUUUUUAAACUUUAAGCUACUAUGAGUGCUCUUUUUAACCAAAAGGCAGCAUAUAAAUCAAGAAAAAAGUUAUUAUUUACAAAAUAAAAUAAGAAACAUUAAGUUACGGUACAUUUAUUUUCCUCCAAUUAUGACAGAGAAAUAUGACAAAAAGUUGUGUACUUUCAGCAAAAAGCCUGGUUCUUUCAAAUCCUUCUGCCAACCUUAUUUGAUUGUGGCCAUCUGGAAAAACUCCUUUGUUCUUUAAGAAAGUGGCAGCUCUCAGUGUGUGACAUGAAACCAAGCACUGUACUUUUCCAUACAGGUAGUCCUGGUUUAGCAAGCACAACUGGGACUGGCAACUUGGUUGCUAAGUGAAGCAGUCACUAUGUGGGAAAUCAUAUCAUUGUGACUGCUUUCCUUUCCCCACUCCUCUGCCCCUUGGAAUGCUCACCCCCCAGCGCUGGGAUAAUUAGGAAGAAAGGAAUUAAUGUUUGUAUUUACAUUCAUUGCAGAAAAAGGGAUUACAAAACAAUAAGCAGGCACACAAGGGGAAUACAUAUCAAAAGCAAUGCACUGAUGCCAGCUGUUUGCUUACUGUCUUGUAAUCCCUUCCUCUCCAAUCUCUCCACUCUGCAAGGGAGGGGGGGAAAUAAGUCAGACACAGGACAAUGCGUAUUGACUGUAAUGGCAAUCACGUAACUGAGAGACGCUGCAAAGAUCGUAAACGUAUGCCUUGGUCACAAAGUUAUGUUUUCAGCACCAUCAUAAUUUCGGCC